UAAUCACGCAAAAUGUGGUCUGGUAUGGGUACCGCAUGUAGUGGCGUAUCGGUGUCGUACAUGCGGCAUUUCACCAUGUAUGUCCAUUUGCCGCGACUGCUUCAAGAAGGGCGAUCAUACCAAUCACGACUUCAACAUGUUCUUGUCUCAGGCUGGCGGCGCCUGCGAUUGUGGCGAUACAUCUGUGAUGAAAGCAGAGGGUUUCUGCAGUGACCACGGCAUAAACAAUAGGGCCAACAAAGAGCCCGUGCCCUCUAAUUUACUCGCCGUGGCAGAAGCUAUAAUGCCAAAAUUACUUUUUCGAUUACUGCAGCACUUCCGGGAACACAGUGAUGCCACAUCACAAACGUAUAAUUUGGCCGCUUAUUCAUGCGAAGAGUUUGCAAAUAUGUUGAUCGAUCUUAACAACAUGGGCGAAAUAAUGCGCAAAGUGAUGACACGUGCCCUCAUAAAUCCUGAUGUCUACAAAUCUUUUACGGAAUCUCCCUGCUUGGAUACACGGCAUGGACGAUUUUUAAAGUCGAAUCGCGAGAAGUAUGAAGAAGCUGUAAACCGAUUUCCCCGUCCUGAACCGCCCGACGAUUAUAAGCACCUGCCUGCUUUAGGAGAAAAGCUCGUCCAUACAACUCUUUUGGAAGAAUUCAUUUUUUGGACAUUCAAAUUUGAAUUCCCUCAAAACUUGGUUUGCUUUUUGCUUAACAUGCUGCCCGAUCAAGAUUAUAAGGAGCAUCUUACUCGUACUUUCGUGAUGCACUAUAGCCGCAUACCGUCCGUAUUGGAAAUGUCACGCGAUCCAGAUACACUUAGUAACCGAGUUGUGCACAUGAGCGUCCAACUGUUUUCCAAUGAAAGCUUAGCUUUGAAGAUGGUUAAAGAACUGUCCUUACUGCAUGUAAUGAUAAUCAGUCUUAAGCUAAUGAUGUCAAAGAUACUCAUACAAAAUACAUUGCAUGACCCGAACAAGAAUUUCCAUUUCGUAAUUGAUUGUACACGCCAAGUGAUGAAGGAUCAUUGCUACUGGCCUUUAGUGUCUGACUUUAACAAUGUACUCUCACAUGAAUCAGUGGCCCUAGUAUUUUUGCGUGAUGACAAUUUGAUCGAUAUGUGGUUUCAGUUUCUUUCAAUGCUGCAAGGCAUGAAUGUAAAUGUGCGAGAGACAACAUCCCAUGUGGAGUUCGAACCUAAUUCUUAUUACGCCGCCUUUUCGUGUGAGUUGGAGGCAAGCGCUUAUCCCAUGUGGUCCAUAAUAUCGCAUCUGCAGGACGGCACUCAUGCUCAUUUAGCCAAGAAGAUAAUUACGUAUUGCGUUAAUACUCUGCAUGAAUGGUUGGAUGCCAUUUACUUUUUGGAACCAAAACUAUCGCCGGACGAAAUGAUGCAAGCUUCCUUUCAUUUUCCACUUCAUCGUUACUUGGCAGCAUUUCUGUGUCAAGCUGUUACCAAAAUGGGAAUGUCUCUGUCGGAAGUGCUGCCCACAAGGUCGUACAUAUUGCCACUCUUAAUGAUACAUCCUCUGAGAGUGCAGGUGAGUAGUCUUCCUUUUUGUAGCUUUUUUCGACAGUCCUUUAAAUUUCCAGCAUAAAGAAAAUUGUAUGCGAAUUUCGUUACAUUUUCAAUAGUUUAAUAU